AUGGUUUCUCCCUUUUCUUUCAUUUUUCUUUCUUUCUUUCUUUCUUUUCUUUUCUUUCAUUUAUUUCUUUUUCUUUCAGUUUUUCGUUUUUCCUUUGUUUAUUUUUUCAAUUUUUUUCUCUUUUCUUUCUUUCUUUCUUUUUUUUUCUUUCUUUCUUUCCUCUUUUCUUUUUUCUUCUCAUAUUCACACCUGCAACUUUUUGAUUCUCUCUUUCCUUUGUUUUUUUUCCAUCAAUAUUCUUUCCCUCCUCUUUCCUUUUCUUUCUUUCUUUCUUUCUUUUUCUUUCUUUUUUCUUUUUCUUCUCAAUAUUCUUUACUUCUCCAUAUUCUGUACCACCUUCCUGGCUUUCUUUCUUCUUUCUUUGUUUCUUUACUUCAUCUUUCUUUCUUUCUUUUUUCUUUCUUUCUUUUUUUUCUUUCUUUCUUUCUUUCUUUCACCUAUGUUUUUUCUUUCUUUCUACCUUUCUUUAUCUUUCUUUCUUUCCUUCUUUCUUUUUAUCAAUAUUCUAUUAUCAUCUUUCUUUCUUUCUUUCUUUCUUUCUUUUUUCUUUUUCUUUUUUCUAUUUUGUUCCUUUGUUUAUUUUCCAUCAACAUUUCCUUUCUUUUCCUUCUUUCCUUAUCAAUUUCUAUUUCUUUCUUUCUUUUUUUCUUUCUUUCUUCUCACUAUUCUACUACUAACCUUCACCUAUGUUUCUUUCAUUCUUCUCCAUAUUCUACUACCUACCUUCACUUGAUUAUCUUUCUUUCUUUCCUUCUUUCUUUCUUAUCAAUAUUCUAUUACCUAACUUCAUCUUUCUUUCUUUCUUUCUUUCUUUCUUUCUUUCUUUUUUUCUUUCUUUCUUAUCACUAUUCUACUACUAACCUUCACCUAUGUUUCUUUCAUUCUUUCUUUCUUAUCAAUCUUCUACUUACCUACCUUUUUCUUUCUUUCUUUUUCUUUCUUUCAAUUUCUUUCCUUUUUCUUUCUUUCUUAUCACUAUUCUAUACUACUAACCUUCACCUAUGUUUCUUUCAUUCUAUUACCUACCUUCAGUUAUCUUUCUUUCUUUCUUUCUUUUCUUUCUUUCAAUUUCUUUACCUUUCUUUUCUUUCUUUCUUUCUUUUCUUUCUUUUUUUCUCUUUAACUUUCACCUAUGUUUCUUUCAUUCUUCUCCAUAUUCUACUACCUACCUUCACUUGA